AUGGACUUUGUUCAGAUGGGAGGAUGGAAUGGUCUGACACUACUCACGAUUUUCUCCGACUCAGCUCCCGAAGUUAUCCUCAGCACCCCGAGUUUCCUUCCUGUCUGCCCCAUGCUCCCAAGUUUUCGCGUCGAGGUCUCGUUUGUGUCUGCCCGUGCUCCGAGAGGAGGCUGUUUGCUUUUGCUCACUCACGUAAGGGCUACGCUUGAGUUAAUGCGUGCAUUUGAGUUUGGCCGCAUAAUGGUUAGAGCCCCUCUUCCUACCGAUACAAGUGGUCCCCUUGUGCGCCAAUUAGCACGAACAAAUGCGCCAGAUUUUACUCUCCGCCGCCAUCGAGACUCCAACCUCCCUUUGCGAGUGGGCUUGGGGCUCGAGCCCAUGUGUGAUCGACCAGAGGGCCCACAGAGACACAUGGUCAUAAACCGACAAGCCUCAAAUGGGGCCAUGCAUGAGAGUCUUGAGAGCAUCAAGCAUGGCAUCACUGUGCUUGUUAUUUCCAGGGAUUACCGAUACUAUCCAAUACGCAUUUCUGACAAACACCUAUAA